UAAUUCUGACCAAUUUUAUUUUCAAAAACUUUACUUUACUUUUUUCUCAUCACACCUGCUCGAUAGUAACUUGGUUCUGUGAAUUUCAUCACACCAUCUUUACUAUAUCACUUUCAUCAAGGUACGUUAACUUCCACCAUCAUUUCCACGAUAUCACAACACCACAACACUUCCAUUACAUCAAUCCUAUAAAGUCGACGGCUUGAAGUUAAAUUGAUUCCAUCGCUUAUCUGCAUCUUCGUUGCAAUAAUUCAUUCCAUCUCUGACGAUACUUGAUCUGUAUUGGAUCAUUAGUAUCGCGUCAACCGCACCACAUCAAUUCGUCUGAUUAAUUACAUUGAACUUCCCAAUAUUUUCCGACACCGUCUUCACUCCAUAGCUGCACUACUCACAAAGCCUCAAGGACUACUUCGCGUCGAUUAUAUCCAAGUCGAACUCAUCACGAUAAACCCACCGUACCCAAUUUUCUUAAGGUAAUUUUUCACCUACGUUACCAUCGUCACGGUAGUUCAUUACUAACAAUGCUCCAGUCUUCGAACUUUCUCUCGAACACCACCUCAUCACGGUCAUCAUGAUGCGUAACGAGUCAUCCGACGCUUUGUGGCAAGUUCCCCCAACAUCUUCACAAAGAUAACCCAACUUACUAACCUCACGUAUAGCGCUCUUUUCCAAAAGCUCACCAUUACAAGCCCUCCCAAGCCCACCACCACCACUUAUGGCCGUUUCCCACCCGAGCUCUGGAUGAUGAUCAGAGACAUCCUCGAGAAGGAGGAUGACCGCGCCUCUCUCGCCGCCCUAACCCGCUGCAACACCAAAUUUCGAAGCAUCAUGGAGACGCACCUGUACAUGCGCUUCAUCACCAACAGCAAGCAGCCCGUCCGCGUCCGCUCUCUCGCCAGCUUCAUCCACGCCGUCGGCAACUCGCCGCGCCUCGCCUCCUUCGUCAAGGCGGCCAGGAUCAGCACCGUAAUCCCCGGCGGCGACCGCGUCCUCAUGUACGGAUCCGAGUUCGCCGAGUUCCUCGUCAACGUCGCCCCUUCCAUCCAAUACCAGCUGAUGAGGUCGGUCAACGGAGCGCCGCUGUCGAUUUACAGACUCGCGACGGCCAUGAUGGAAGUUCUCCCCACCCUGCUGCCCAACCUGCAAGACUAUCACAUGCACACGGGAAUCUUCGGAGACAGCGCCGUGAACCCCUGGUGGUUGUCCUACCCUAACUUCUGGGCAAUGAAGACCCCCCAAAACCGUCUCCAUCACCUAACAGACCUGACUAUCACGCAGGUAGAGCCGACCUGGCAUUUCACCACAUUCUUCAUCCUGCACUGCUGGUCCCGGGUGGCGCCCAACAUACGCUCCCUCGCCGUGCGGACCAUAGCCAAGGACCCGACCCCAGGGCGCCAGCACGCCUUCACCAAGCGUCGGCGGCAGCUAGCGCCGAGCAGCGCGCUGCGCCUCGCCAUCCGCAACCUGCGAGACUUCCGCUUCCAGUGCGACGACUACGACGAGGUCAUGGAACUCUUCCACUUCCUCUGGCGCUGCCGCAAGAUCGAGCGCAUCGACCUCGAGCUGAAGGACCCCGGUUUCCCCUGGGACGGCUUCGUCCUCGAUUCCGUCAACGACUGGCUCUGGGAGAUCCGCCGGAACUGUCUGGAGCCUGCCCUGCUUCCCGCUGCCAGGCCUCCCGAUCUUGGUCCCGAUCACCCCGUCUGGACCGGAAUCUUCACCCUCCGAUACCACACCAAUAUGAAGCAGGUGAUCAUCAACCAGGACAUGCUGGAGCUCAUCGCCGGUGUUCACAGACUCCCAUACGGACAGAAGGACCUGGUACGAUUCCUACCCAAGUCUCUGCAGGUCCUAUACCUCUGUGAUCUCAGCGUCCGAUCUAUGUCUGCGAUCUAGUUCUUCGCAGGUCAUGUCAGACGCGGCCGGUACCCCGAUCUCGAGAAGCUUCGGGUCUCCAGUAGGGGUGUUGAUGGAUGGGCGGGGACAGCCAUAAACCGUGAGGACUGUCACCACAUGGAAACAUGGUUCGAGGGCACCAAGGUGACGGUCGAGUUCUGCGAGAACUCACAGGUUCGGACGCACUGAUAGCUGCAUAUCAACCCCAACCUGGUGCUAUUGGCAUGUUAAUGGUGCUUUCUGGAAACCUUCCUCAGGGUCUGGAUUUCUAUACUCACAGAAGAGCCAGAACCAGGAUGGGUCUUGAAGCCACAAAAAGUAGCUGGAGAUGAUAACAUUGGGUUGUAUCCGGUUAACUCACCACGGUGUUCCCCGCAGUUUGGGUUCUUAGGACGGUGCAGAGGGGAUAGGCUGGAUAC